AUGAGCGAAGUAGAGUCGGAUAGACAAUCGGAAUCGGCCUAUGAGCCUGAUGACGACUCCGAAGCAGAGUUAAAAGAAGAGGUGGAGUUGAUGGAAUGCAAAGAAGAGGAAGAAAAGCCGAAGCGAUUGUUCAAGUGUUCUCAUUGUGAGUCGACAUUUACUCGAAAAAAGAACAGGGCGACGCAUGAAUUGACGCACAUUGAGAGUGAAAAGAAACAUAAAUGUACGAAAUGCGAGAAAACCUUUAUUUAUUCAAGUCAAUUGAAACGCCACCUGGCGAGGCACAAAACCCACACAUGCGACAAGUGCGACUUCGUUACUGAUUUGAUGUCAGUAAUGAUCAAGCACAAGAAAAGCCACAAUGAAAAGAAAGUGAGGGAAUGCGAGAAGCCGCAAAAGUGCCCGCAUUGCGAGAAGACCUUGUCUACGGCGUCUAGUUUGAGGGUGCAUAUCAAAACUGUUCAUGAUAAAAGGGAUUUUAUCGAAGUCAGCGUCUGUGGCAUGUGCGGCCGCGAAUACGAAACGAAAAAAGCGCUGAAAGAGCACUACAAAACUGUCCACCAAGGGUUGACAUUUCCCUGUCCCGUGUGUAAAAAAGAGUUCGGCACGAAACGCUCCCUAAUUAGACAUUUGGAUAAUCCCAAGAUCAAAUGCACCGUGAAGAAAGAUGAUGAGAGCGUGAAACUGCAGAGGAAGAACAUGGAUGAGUUGUUGCCGCAAUUUGAAUUGAAAGCUGGAAUUUAA